AUGUCUGAAAAUACACUAUGUCAAUUAUAUAAUAAUUGUACUUCAACAACGGUUUCUUCAGGCACAUUAUAUAGAACAAUUCUAAUUAUAGUCGGUGGUACAAUUUUAUCUUUUUUAACAACAGCUGGUAAUUUACUUGUAUUAAUUUCAUUUCGUAUUAAUAAACAAUUACGUACAGUGACAAAUUAUUUUCUAUUAUCACUUGCUAUAGCUGAUUUUACAAUCGGUUGUUUUUCAAUACCAAUAUUUUUUACAUUUUUUGAAAAAGAUCGUUGGCCAUUUGAUUCAUUCUUAUGUGAUGUAUGGUUAAGUGUAGAUUAUACAAUGUCUAAUGCAUCUGUAGCUAAUCUUUUACUUAUUUGUUUUGAUCGAUAUUUUUCAAUAACACGUCCAUUAACAUAUCGAUCAAAACGAACACCAAAACGUGUAUCACUAAUGAUUGCUUUAGGCUGGGCUAUAUCAUGUUUUAUAUGGACACCGUGGAUUUGGGCUUGGCCAUUAUUUGAUGAAAGGUUACCACCUGGUGAAUGUCGAUUGCCAUUUGCUUCUAAAGCUACUGUGGCAAUUCCAACAGCAAUUGCUGCUUUUUAUUUACCAGUAACAUUAAUGUGUUUACUUUAUUUUCGUAUUUAUCGUGAAACAGUAAAACGUCGUAAAGAAUUACAUCGUUUACAAGCUCAACAUCAUAAUUCAUUACCACAAACAAUAACAACAACACAUUCAAAUUCUAAUAGUCGUUUAACAAAAAAUUUAAGUACAAUUGGAACAACAUCAAUUCAUGAACAAAAUGAAAGUAUAUCAACAGAUUCACAGAGAUCACAUGGAAAAAUUAUAUCAAAUCAAAAUUCUAUUAAUAAAAAACCUAUAUUAUCUAAUACGAAAAAACAAAAUAAAUUUAUUCAUACAUUUCAUGACUAUUGUUGGAAAAGGUAUUACAAUAAAACAAAUUCAAAACAAACUAAUAAUGAAGAUGAUGAAUGUUCAAGUGAAAUUCAACGUGUUAUAUCUCCAACUAUUGAUGAAAAUUUAACUGAUCCAUUUCCAUUAAAAAACAAUAAUGAACUAUGUCGAAUUAUUAAUCAUUCAAAUUCUACUUGUGAAUCAUUCGAAACAACAAAAAUAAAUUCUUCUAAUGAUCCAUGGAUUCGUCGAAGUAAAGAUCCAUUAUCAACUGAAUGUAUUUAUAAUGAAGAACAACAACAACAACAAUCUACACUACCCAAAAUACAUUCAUAUUGUCCUUCAGUAUCAUCAACAUUUGAUGAGUGUCUUAUUCAACAACAAAAUCGUCAACCAUUUAUUAGUACUAUUGAUAAAGAUAUUGAAUAUGUUGAAUCAAGAUUACGUGGUCAAACAACAACUUCACUUCCAACAUCAAAUUCAACAAAUUAUACUGGAGAUAUUACUUGGCGACGACAACCAAUUCGUAAUUAUACAAAUAUUCUAUCAUCAUCAAAUCAACAACAAAAAUCUCUUCAAAUUCAUAAUUCAAAUAUAAAUAAUAAACAACAAAUAAAUGGAUCAUUUAGAUCGACAAUAACAAAUCAAAAAUGUGGAAGUGUUAAAACAGUUAAACGACGUUUAGAAAAAAUGAAAGAUCAAAAAGCUGCUAAAACAUUAAGUGCUAUUCUAAUUGCUUUUAUUGUAACAUGGCUUCCUUAUAAUACAAAUAUAAUUAUAUCAACAAUAAAACCAGAUAUAUUUAAUCAUGGAUUUCCUAUGUAUUGGGAACGUUUUGGUUAUAUGUUAUGUUAUAUUAAUUCAACAAUAAAUCCAAUGCUUUAUGCUUUAUGUAAUGGAACAUUUCGACGAACAUUUGUUCGUAUACUUCGUUGUCAAUGUCAUCGACGUCAUACACCAAUGCAUUUACAAAAACUUUAUCGUUUUCAAAUAAAAAAAGAUGUUGUUAAUAAUAAUUUUUGA